AUGGAAUCUCACUUUUAUUGCGACCAACAAUUUGUAACUUGUGAAAUACUCUUUCCGCAUACGGCUCGUGUUGUAAAAGAUCCAUCACCAUUUCACGAUCAACAACAACAAGCGGAUCAUUGGAAUGAAGAAGAAGCAGAAACCGCUCAUUCAUUUCCUCUCAAAGCGGAAGAAGAAGACCUUGAUUUAACCUUUUAUGAUUCCGAUCGGAACGAUUUAUUAUUUACAUCAUUCUCAGAAACCAAUGGAUAUGAUCACAAGGAAGAAGACUCUGUAUCAAGAUCAAUCACCUCUAUUCAACAAGAUCAACAGGAACUCCCUUCACCACAGGAUCAUCCUCUUCGGAACGUCGACCAUGAAAUACAUGAAAUAUCUUUGAUUCAAAAUCACAUGUAUUAUUAUUUAUGUUCAUCAGAAGAACAUAAUGAUGAAGAAGAACAUGAUGCAUUUAAUAAUUCCUUAUUAGAGACUGAAAAAGAGAAACAGAAUUUGAAUGAUAUAACAACAACAACCACUAGUUGUUCCAAACUAAUGGAUGAAAUGGAUGAUUACUUUUCUCUGAUCGAUCAUGAGAAAGAUGAAAAUCCUAAUGAUGAUCAAACAACAUUCUUUCAACACAAAAAUCAAGAAGAAAAACAAGAAAUAAUGAUGAUGGAUAAUUCAACAUUCCGGAAAUUAAGCAAACACAAAUCGAAUGAUACAAAAAGUACCAUUCUAAAAACCAUGAUACAAAGUGAAAUGAUUGAAUCCAAAAUGAAUGAAAUGACCAUUAACGAUACACUUGAAGAAGAAAAGAAUUUUAUUCGAGUUAUGGAUUUUAUUCAUGUUGAAGAAUUGGGAAUUCCAAUUCUUGGAACCAGUUUUGCCAAUUUGGAAUGGUUUCCAAGCAAUUCUUUAAUAGGACUGAAAGAUUUAUUAAGACUGAUUGAUAAGGCGGAUGAAUAUGGAGUGACAAGCUUAAUUCGUUCCAUUCCAAAUGUCAUGAAUGAGUAUAAUGUCAUGAUAAUACUUGAAAAAGCAUUACAUAUUUCUCCCGAUCUCUCAGAAAUUCUAAUUUUGCAAGCCAUUGAUAUUAUUGCUUCGAAUUUGCCAUGUGUCAUUGGAGGAUAUAUUUACAACAAUUGUUUGGAUCUUGAAUCGAUACACAUUCAAGCUGAAUUGUGGAUUUGUGAUUUGAAAGAUCGAUUUGAUUUCAUUUCUCACAAUCCUUCAAUUGCUUCUCUGUUGUUACAUUUGAAAAGAAAUGCUAUUGUGAAUACUUUAAUUGAACUUCCUUCAUACAUCCCAGAAACAGACAGCGAUUCAAAACAACUACCUCUACUAUUACGAAUUUUCCAGUCAUCUCAUUGCAGAGCCAACACAGAACAAAUAUUAGCAAUUAUUGUUGUUUGGAUUUUAUCAUGUCCUUUUCAGCCUUCUGAAUUUUUGCAACAAGAAUUCAUAGAGCACAGAGACGAGAGUGUUCAUCUUUGUGAAAAUAUUCUCAGUAUUGAAUUUUCAAAACGACUUUCUUCAGGUAUUUCAUUCGUUGUGAACCAGUUGGACUUGACAAGUUUAUCAUCGACAAUGCAAGAUCAAGAUUAUUUUGAUAUUUUUGUGCUUAAAAUAUUAUUAUCCAUUGCUUCUUCACAUCCUCAGUUCAAACAUCUUCAACACAAGAUCAAUAUGUGCGUCAUGAAACAAUAUGGGAACUCAUACCAUGGAUUUUCUUCAAGAGAUUUGGCGGAAACAUUUGCUUUUCGUAUCAUUGAUCCACUUUUCACACAAUUACUUUCACCUGAACAACAUGUUGAAAGAGAAACAAAUUCUAUUGCAUGUCAUUGUGAACAAAUGGAAGUGAAUCAAUCUCUCACAAAUUCUAAUGAAAGUAGUAGUGGUAGUAGUAGCAAUAAUGAAAUUCACAACAUCAGUAACAACCAUUCAACCAUUCCAAGCAGAAUCGACCAUAAUUUUAUUCAAGAAAUAUUUUCUCUAUGUUUCACUGGAAACAAACAAAAAACACAAAAAUUCCUUCAAGAAAAUUCUCUCCCUCUACUUUUCACAAUCCUUCGAUCUAUCAAGCAAUACGACGAGAGAUUUUGGGAACAAUUUCUAUUCAUGUCCUCAACAAUUGACGAAUCGUCAAAAUUUUCAGUAAGACAACAAAAAGUUCAAGUGGAACCAUCUUCAAAAGUGUUACAAGCAUGUAUGGUGGGAUUGGAUGGGGCUGGAAAAACGUCGCUUUUAGAAAAGAUGAAAUAUCCCAAAUUGAAAAAUUUGACAGAAACAAUACCUACUGUUGGAUUUAAUACAGAAACCAUUUAUUAUGGAAAUGUGGAAGUAUUUAUGCGUGAUAUUGGAGGAUUGCCCAAAAUUCGAUCCUUGUGGACACAUUUUCUCAAUUCUGCUGAUUUAUUGAUUUAUGUUAUUGAUGCUUCUGACAAGUCUCGAUAUGAGGAAUCAAAAGAAUGUUUAGAGCGAUAUGUAGAUUUGAAUUUAACUAAGAAGGAUUGUAGUGUUCUUAUUCUUGCGAACAAGAUGGAAUGUUUAGUGGAGGCAUUUCCACCCAAUCAACAUCAACAACGAACCAAAAUUCUGAAAGAAACCUAUGAAGAACUUGUGGAGCUAUUUGAAAACUCUAAAUUGAAGCAGUGGUUGAAACAGCAAUCAAAUGUACAUGCAGGUUCGUCGCUACUUGGUGAGCAUCAAAAAACUGAUUUUCGAACAGGCUCAAGAGAAGGAAGAUUGAAAAUUCAGUUAUGCAGUGCCAAAACAGGAGAAGGAAUCAAUGAGGGGUUGCUAUGGUUUUUUUCGAGCAUGCUCAUGAAUAGUAGACUUUGGUCAACUUGUAAACAUUAG